UAACAUUUCAUUUAUGUUUGUUGAAUUAAUCUCUUGAAAGUCUUUAAUAAUACGUUGUAUAUCGGCCUUAAUAUUUUAUCAGUUUUAUCAGUUACCUUGACAUUUGAUUAGUCUGUCACCUGUCAUCCAUUUCUACUUGGUGUAUGUAUGUACAAAAUGUACUUUGACCGAAAGUAGUAAAUAUGAAUUAGGAAACAUACAGUUAGGUUAAAGUUAUUAAGUAUUCAGUUGUAAUAAGGUGAAAUUUGUCAAUUGUCGUAUUAAGACAACAUGGGUAAUAGAUCUAGCUUACUUUUGCGCGAAGAAGAAAUAGCGCAAAUCCAGGAAGCCACUGGAUUUACUCCAAAUCAAAUUGAACGCUUAUACAGUCGUUUUACAAGUCUCGAUCGCGGAGAUUGUGGAACACUGAGUAGAGAAGACUUUCUCCGAAUUCCAGAAUUGGCAAUUAAUCCUCUGGGUGAUAGAAUUGUAAAUGCUUUCUUUGAAGAAAGCGGUAAUGAUAGGGUGAAUUUUCUACAAUUUAUGCAAGUGCUGGCUCACUUUAGACCAAUUAAGAAAAAUAGCCCAAAUAGGCUAAAUUCUAGGCAAGAGAAACUAAAAUUUGCUUUCAAAAUGUAUGAUUUGGAUAACGAUGAUUUGAUAUCAAAAGACGAGCUUCUAGCUAUUUUACACAUGAUGGUUGGGGCAAAUAUUAGUGAAGAACAGUUAACUAGUAUUGCAGAACGGACCAUAAUGGAAGCUGAUGAGAAUGGUGAUGGAAUGAUAUCAUUUGAUGAAUUUUGCAAAACUCUGGAAAGAACAGAUGUUGAGCAAAAAAUGUCUAUAAGGUUUCUCAGCUAAUUUAUUUGAUUGUUUCCUUUAAUAAUGCACAAUUUGCUGAUGAGUUGAAUGUAUUAAACCUAAUUGUAAUUGAUUGUAUUAAACGUAAUAAUUAAUUUUUUCACAGAUAAUCUGAUUUAUUUUACAUAGGACGGAAAAUCGAAACGUUUAUCAAUGUAUUUGAAAGAAUUACAGAUUUUGACAACCUACUCUUUACAAUGUCUAAUUCGUUACACGACUUAUUACACUGUUUACAAUCUUCGAAAAAAAGUGACGAGGUCUACUUAUAAUACCGUUGAAAAAUAAGUUAUACUACCGAUGACGCACUUUAAAAAAUUGGAAUACAUCUAAAAUAUGUAUUACGUUGUUAACAUGUAUUUUGUUUUGUACACGAAUUAUACUUGGACUUCGAAAAAAUAAUUAAGGAAUUAUGUUUAAUUAAUUAUAUAUUUUCAUUAUUAUAGCGUAAUUAUUUUUAUAUAUAUGUAUAAAUUCGCGCUGUAUCUAUUUUAUCCUUGUACUUGCAACUAACUCCUCAUCCUUUAGUACUAAAUUUUGCAUAUACAAAACGAUGAGGAUUGCAAUUUAGGCUGUGGACGAUACAGCCAAUUUCUUCAAAUGCUCCAUGAAUACUUGUAGACUGACAUCAUCAGUUAAGACAGGCGCUCCGCUCUCCUAAAUUGAAGCAGGUAUUAAUUAGAUACUAUAAUCGAUAAUCGAAAUGAAACAAAGACAUAAGCUGAGAAAUUUUAUCCCAAAACCGGCGAAAGACAAAAGAGUUAACCAUAGUCUGUAAAAGCAUAUUUUAUGAAUAAAAAAAUAAAAAAAAAUUGCCUCGAUGCCAACCACCAGUGAAUUGUGACGAUAGAAUCGUACAAAAAUUGUUAAAACGUGUAGAGUAAUUUGACGCUUGCAUGGUAAUAACGUGAAGGUGUGUUAAAUAAUAUAAGAUAUAGAUUAAGAUGUCCCAAUACCUAUAUUCCUGUAAAUUUGCCGAGUAACAGUCAAUAUCUGUUAGAUAUUUUAAUACUGUUAUCAGAUACACUAAUAAAUAUUUUACUGUAA